AGCCGCCCGACCGAUUUCACGUUUCCCGCCAACGGAGAACUCGCGCCUGUCACCUGUUUCUUAAGUGCGUGCAGCCAAUGACAUUUAUAUUUAUUGUGUUUUCGUGGAUGUGAAUUAUGUGAGGCUACUGUACUGUUAAAUGGAUUUUUGUAUUUAAUAGUAACUGUUUUGCAAUGGGGAUCGAUUGGAAACCGUUCCUUUCAAAAAUGGGAAGCACGUCGUGGUUGGCAAUACUUGCAGCAGUUUUGGCACUUGCAACACCAGCUUUAUCAAGCUCACCCCGGGUGGUUUGCUACUACACAAAUUGGUCAGUGUACCGGCCAGGCACAGCCAAGUUCAACCCUCAAAAUAUCAAUCCAUACCUCUGCACGCAUCUUGUUUACGCGUUUGGAGGCUUUACAAAGGAGAAUACACUGAAGCCUUUUGACAAAUACCAGGAUAUCGAGAAAGGUGGCUACGCCAAAUUCACUGGAUUGAAGACAUACAACAAAAACCUCAAGACCCUUCUAGCUAUCGGAGGGUGGAAUGAAGGAUCCUCCCGAUUCUCUCCAAUGGUUGCUUCCAAGGAGAGAAGAAGGGAGUUCGUUCGGAAUGUUAUCAAGUUCCUCAGACAAAACCAUUUCGACGGUCUGGACCUGGACUGGGAGUACCCAGCAUUCCGAGAUGGUAGCAAGCCAAAAGACCGUGAGCAUUACGCUAAGCUGGUGAAGGAGUUACGUGAAGAGUUCGAAAGGGAAUCAGAAAAGACUGGCAAACCACGACUACUGCUUACGAUGGCUGUACCUGCUGGUAUUGAAUAUAUACAGAAGGGAUUCGAUGUUAGGACUUUGAACAAAUACUUGGACUGGAUGAAUCUACUAACAUACGACUACCACUCAGCCUUCGAGCCCGCUGUUAACCACCACGCACCAUUAUACCCUCUAGAAGAACCUAAUGAAUACAGUGUUGACAAUGAACUAAAUAUCGAUUACACGAUUAAAUUCUACUUGGAAAACGGUGCGAGUCCGGACAAAUUAGUUCUGGGAAUUCCCACUUAUGGGCGUUCAUAUACGCUGUUUAACGCUGAUGCUGUGGAGAUUGGGUCGCCGGCUGAUGGCCCGGGAGAGCAGGGAGAUGCUACUAGAGAGAAAGGAUAUUUAGCGUUCUAUGAGAUCUGCGAAGCACUCAAAAAAAGCAAAAAGAAGCGAGCCGUCGACUCUGAAGAGGACUCAGAGGAAGAGUCAGAAGAGGAAGAAGAGGAGCAGGAAUGGACGGUGAUGCACCCAAAUCCCCAAGCAAUGGGUCCUGUGGCCUAUAAAGGCAAUCAAUGGGUUGGAUAUGAUGACAUCGACAUUGUUAAGAAGAAAGGAGAAUAUGUAGCUGAGAAUGCUCUUGGAGGUAUUAUGUUCUGGUCUAUCGACAAUGAUGACUUCCGUGGCAACUGCUAUGGAAAACCUUAUCCACUAAUUGAAGCGGCAAAGGAGGCUUAUAUCGCCAAAUUGGGAUCCACGGUAAAUACAGUGAGACAACAAGAGUCUUCAAAAACAAUUGGCUCGAGUAGUAGGAGAAAAUCGAAGCCACGUUCCACUACAACUACAACUCAGAAACCAACCACAAAGAAACCAAAAAAUAUACAAAGUUCGACUCCAGCUUGGAACAACACGCCUGAACCCCCGACAACACCUGAUCCAGGAUCUGAUUUCAAAUGUACCGACGAAGGAUUCUUCCCACACCCUCGUGACUGCAAGAAGUACUUCUGGUGUUUGGACUCAGGACCUUCAGACCUUGGAAUCGUUGCUCAUCAAUUUACAUGUCCUUCAGGUCUCUAUUUUAACAAAGCAGCGGACUCCUGUGACUUUGCUCGCAAUGUUCUCUGUAAACCGAAGCCGGCUUCGACAACUAAAGCGCCCACGACUUUGACCACUAAGCAAUCCACGACCACAACAACACUGACCACGACAACAACAACGACUAGACGACCGAUCAGACUUACGUCUAGGAGCUCUUUAUUAUUCAGAACAUCUACUACAACUACUGCUGAACCCAUUAGCGAAGAAGAUGUCUCUGAUGAAGAAGAUAUAACAGAUGAAGAUGCUGAAGACCCGAAGGUUAUUAAGGAGUUGAUCGACCUUAUCAAGAAAGUUGGAGGAGUAGAACAAUUGGAGAAGCAUCUCCGUCUUUCAGAAACCGGUGUAAGCCCUGAUGGAGUGGUCACCACCACACCAGCUAACUUCAACAAGAAACUUUACCAGAAGGUGUUAGAACGGGCUAGAGGGAAGAGCAAGUAUGGCAACAGCGUGUUGGAAAGCGGAACUCAAAACAGUCGUAGCGGUCCUCAAAAUGCUGGCAUUGAACCUUCUGCAGAACGGGAAAAGUUAUACAAAAAGGAUAGACCACAAUAUGUAACAAUAAACCGGGCAAGACAAGCAUCAACUACUCCAGAACCUCUGGAAAGCUUGGAGGAAGACGAAUCAGGCUCUGAAGAAGUCCAGGAACCAGUGCGGGCUAAGAUCUUGGAGUCCGUCAGCAGUUUCGGGUCCUCUAAGCCAUUGCAAUACGUUAAUAUAAGAAGACCUCGACCAACUACUGUUAGUGAUUCAGCGGAUACAGCGCCAUAUAGCAGAAACGCACUUUUUGAUCGAGAUCCCGUAUUAUCUGUAUCGGAGACAGCUGGCUCUAUUGAUAUUGCGAAUGUUAGACGCACUACGACUCCAGGGUAUGUUACUAUUAGGAGGAGUAGACCCACUACCGAGGAGCCUUCUACAGUACAAUAUCAACAGGCUGAACAAGUUGAAUCACAAGAAACUGCACUAGAAAGAGAAAUAUCUUCACCUUCAUUGCAACCCCAAUACUCGUCAAUAAUACGAACUCGAUCUACGACAGUCACGCCAGAAGAAAUUAACAGUCCAGAGCCAACGACUGUACUGUCAGUACAAAUAUCAUCAUUGUUAAACGCACCUAGUCCAAGUGAAGAGACGGAAAAGAAUCAAACAACGGUAUCAAAUGAACCUGAAACAACCACGACAAUUUUAACGACAACAACAGCUGCCACGACAACAACAGCUGCCCCAACAACAACACGUCGCAACAUUCUACGUAGACGUGGCUCUACUUUACCAACCACAACAACUGCGGCGACAACAACGCAGGUAAGUUCUAGAAACUACUCUUUUAUACGCCGCCGUAAACCACAAUCUCAACCCAACGAUAUAUCUGACUCACAAGAAGGUAAUGAAAUUAGGAAAGUUCGGUCAACUACGCCUGAUAGUCGAGAAGAUGAGAGUAAGCCAAACAGAAAUGUCCAAAUCCGGAGGUUUAGGAGUAAGUUCCAAGCGAGGCAAACAACCGAUGAUUCAGUUCCAGCCGCUGCUACCCAAGUGCAAAGGGGACAGUUUAGACCGCAGUUAACAAAAGAUGAAGUCUUAUCAUUGACGCCAAUAGACCUAGAUGAUAAAGACGUUGUAGGUACUGAAGAUGAUCCAAACCCACUUGGUAGACUAACAACUAUUUCUGCCAAAAUAGAGGAUAGUGAUGUUUCAGCAGCUACCGUUGAUGAGAGAAGGCCAAGCGUAUCUAGAGGACGAGGAAGAUUUUCUAUUACAACAGAAUCAUUAAGUCAGACUCUUGUCACACAGUCACCUAUAAAUCAAAGGAGACCAGCCUUUGCCAGGUUUACACCUCGACCUUUCGCUAGGCCAAGUACAAAUGCUCCAACACUUGAACUUUCUGAGAGUAACAUACAAUCUAGAAAUCGUGCUCGUCAAUCUUUCAAUCGACCAAGAAUAGGAUCUACGCCGAUAGUUCAGGCAAGAAGACUUCCAUUUCCCAGCCGAGUUUCUACUGCUGUCCCAGAAAAUGUAUUAAAUGAGGACGAUAUUGUGGAAAAUAAAGACGAUAUAGCACUUUCAGAAACAGCCAUAGAAGAAAAAGAACAUGACGAUGAUUAUGGCGAACCCAAUGAAACGACUAGAACACCUUUAAAAUCUCGAGUUACCAUCAGAAAAUUAGGAAAUACUGACAAUGGUCUUAUUAAUGAAUCUUUGAUUGAUGAAACGGGAAAAAGAAAAUUUAGAAUUAUACGUAGGCGCCCAACAACCUCUACAACAACUACCGAAGCUACAGUUUCUGUCACUAUACCCUCAACUAGAAUUAGAAAAAUCAUCCGGAAGAAAAUCAAGCCCAUCGAGGAUGAGGAUGAAAUAAAACCGCAAAACAUUAAUAUUGUUAAUGCAGGGUUCAAGGAUGUUUCUCCUAAUUUACAAAACUAUGGUGAAAAGACGAAAUCAAGUACUACUGUUUUACCUGAAGAAAAUUUAGAAACAACAACGUUUGACGAUGAAAUUAUCACGGAACAUAUUUUAACUGAUUUAGUCAAAAUAAACACUAAGAAAGAUCAACAAUCAGAAACCGAUGUCAAUACUUUUGAAGAGAAGAAUGUAUUAGCAAUAGACAAUGAUAUCCAUGACAUAAGUAAUGAAGAAGCAGAACAUGAAAAUGAAAAACCCAAUGUUGUCGUCACAGAGGAAGAUAAAACAAUUGAAAUAUCUGAACCUAUUAACAGUGAUAAUGUAGAAGAUGAAAGCCACAUUCCAUCUCCACAAGUAAAACAAUCUUCAGAAGAGAAUAGUGAGGUUUAUGUGGAUGAUCCCUUAAGUGCUAAUGAUGACAUAAAACCGAAUAAUAAUGAGGCCAGCAACAUCCCAAAAAAUAUUACGACGUUUGAAUCGGAUGACGAUAAAGAAGUGUCUGAAAACAAUGAAGCUAGCAUAGAAACAACAACUAUCGACUCAAAAUCUCUAAACGACGACAUCACAACAGUGAGUACAACGCCACAGCCGUCAUCAUCUACAUCCCGAUCAAGAUUACCGUAUAGACCGACCAAAAAAUUGUUCACUUCAACAACAGAGUCAGUACCAUCGAGUAGUAGAACUUUUAGUCGAAAAUAUAAUCCAGGAGCAUAUACAAGUCCUUCAACUGUUGAAAGACCGAACUCAUUUAGAAGACCAUCAACCAAGCGGCCUUUAUUCUCGAGACCUUUUACAAGAAGGACAUUCCCAACAGCUAGGACUACUCCUAAAUAUCAAGACGAGGACGAAGAGGAGGAAUAUUCAGACGAAGAGCUUUUAGAGGAAGAACCUGAGAGUCCUUUAGUGUUUGUGCCACCAAAUCAACUUUUCACUAAAAAAACAGAUUCUGAAGAAUAUGAAGACAAUGAAAAUGAAGAUAGGCCAGAAGAAGAUGAAGCAGAUGAAGGCGAAACUUACGAUGAAGAGAGUCCUCUAAGUAGUAUUAUACCUUCGACCAGGAAACCUUUCUUUAAGCCUCGAGUAGUGAAUUCCAUUUCAUUUAGGACGUCUACAUCAACAACGGAAUUACCCCGACUUGUAGGCGCUGGUAGCCAAAAUAAAACUCUUAGUCGAGUGGCCAACAAACCAGUAGAUACAACAAAGAAAAGAGUGCAAAAUGUUCCGGUUGGUUAUAAUGUCCCAAAAACAAACGUUUCAAGCAUUGCAAACGUAACUAAACCUACUUUAACUGACCUUACAAGCACUGUUUCUGCAGCUCCUGAAACGAGCCCUUCUACAAUAAAUACUAAUGACGAUGAUUAUUUAUCCAUGACUGAAAGUGCUACGACAUUAUUGGAUAAUAUAAACGUUGACAACAUUCAUACCACAAAUGUCAUUGAAUACGAAACCGUUACAUCAGAUAUGGAAAUUGAUAAUAGUACUGACGACUACUUAGAAUAUACAACAAACUAUCCAAGUACGAAUGAUAAUUCUUACAUCAAUACCCAAACGGAAGCUGCCACAAAUAAAGAGACAGAAACAGAAAAUCUAGUUACAAAUAAAUUAAAUAUAAAUGAAAUCACUACUACUGAAAGUGUAACGGAAAUUACAACAAAUAUACCUCAAGUAUCACCCAUUGUCAAAACGCAAUUCGAUAAACUGUUUUCUAUUAGCAGAGUCGUUGAGGUCUCAUCAAAAUCUGAAAAACAUAGACUAAAUAAAAAAAAUGAAACUACACUCAUCGAGGAGGGUAAAGUGAUGAUUGAAAAGAAACCAACUGUUGACAAAAUCGGUGAAGUUAGUAGAUUUAGUCUUAUAAAAAUAGUGGAAGAUGAAAUCCCAAUUUAUUUAACAAGACUAGGACACGUAUAUCCCGUAGACAAUCCUCCUGAUAACCCUAUUCGCAUAGACGAGGCCCGAAACGCUAGAGCUUUAUUUGAUUAUUCAGAUACUCACAAAGAAAAUCUUGUGGCGUCCGAAAGUAUGAAUGAAGCUUAUAGACACGUCAAUAGGAUAUCAACGCCAGAAAAAAGGAUCUUAGAUAAAAGUAAGCCUCCAGUAGAACAUAUCAGCGACGAUGACUUUUUGUCAUACAUUAACGAAGAUAAAAAGAAAGAAAAUCCAGAGGAAGAAGAUAGUCACCUUAAUUGGCAGUUUAUUCCAGCUGCUUAUGAGAACGAACAAAAUAAAGAAAAUAAACCUGCAAAAAAAUUUGAAGUUAUUACAUUCCGCACUGCUGUAGCAGAUCCUUCAACUUUAUCAUUAGAAGGUCUUUUUAAGACUGAAAACCCUAUUAAAGCACGAAAAAUUAGUGAAAGUCAUAACCAACCAUUUCUUGUUUACUCCUCAUCUGUUCCAACACAAAAAGAGGAGCCUGAUAUACCCGUUUCAAAAUCUGAAACCGGAAGAAGUAUAUCAACAUUUGCAAAUGGACAGGAAUUAAAAGGAUCUUCAGGAAAAGAUGAUGCUACUGUAAAAUAUCCAGUAUAUGUUUCAGUCCUAUCAUCAUCUGAAACACUGAGUAAACCAACAGAAAGUUCAACAAUAUCAGUUCCUACCUCUACAUCAACACAAAAUCCCAGCACAAGCCCGCUUUUAGACCUUCUGUCGACAACAGAAUCAACAUCACCGGACACUCAAGCCCCUACUACUGAAGCUGUUACAAUCACUGAAAAUCCCACAACCGAAGCAGUUACAGAAGAAAUAACCACCACUAAAAUAUCUCCUCUAGACGCUAAAAGAUCUAAGUACUUCCCUAAAAGGCCAAUAAUUAGACCAUCCAACAUAACAAAGUACAUUCCAGGGAGAAGUGGCAGGAAAAACAGCACAACAACGACAAAAGCCCCAUUCGCUCCCAGUAAAACACGUUUCUCUGCGAAUAGGGCUCAAAACGUGCCUAUAGAUGUUAGGAAAAAGAGUACAACUAAAACCUUGAGAAGUUUUACAACUGAAGUUCCAAGGUCGACGACUGAGAGACGUCCAUUAGUAAAACCAAUAAGGCCAAUCCGACCUGCCUUUAUUCCACGAAGACUAACUACGCCUUCUACAACCGACGGAGACAUUUAAACUAGUUUACAUACUUUUGACUGAAUUAUUUAUAAGGCAGAUAUAUCGUGGGGUGCUUUAAAAAUGCUUCAAAAAAAAAAUUUCUAUUGUUGGAAUUGUAAAGUUUAUUUCCAGUAACGUGUACAUAUAGGAUUGGUUUGAUUGUAGUCACACAUAGAGAUUAAAGCUUUAACUUAAUUAUUUUAAAGAAAGUUUUUCUUACCAAAAAUAUUGUUUAUUGUGUAAAUCCGUUUUGGUCUGAAGACUUUCAAACGAUUUAGUUUAUGUUACGUGUAAGAAUAUUUAAUUUUUUAGAAUUAUAUUUAAAUUUGUUACCAUGUAUAUAAAAGAAUCGGGAUUAUGUAAUCUUAUUGUAACUCCAUAUAUAAGAAUUUGUAAUAAACAUUUUAAAAACUA